GAUGGAGGGUUCAGAUUGCCCCUCCUGACCACCCGCGCCGCCCUCUCUCCUACUACGCCUAAAACCCUUCGCCAACUCCCCUAAGACCACACGAUUCUCUUCGUAAUGCUCCGGCUGUCGCGCUCCGCCGCCGCCCUUUCGGCGACAGCGGCGGCCGCGGCUGCUCUCGCGGCGCUUUCUGACCACGCCUACGCCGAUGGCACUUUUCGUUUCCCUUAUCUCUCGUCCCCCUCUCCGACUCCUGCGGCGCCCGCUGUGCCGACCGCGGGGACCCGCCCACCGGGAGAGGCUCCAGAUGCGGCCUCUUCGUCGUCCACAUCGUCCGGUGGGUUUGAUCCUGAGGCGCUGGAGAGAGGGGCGAAGGCGUUGAGGGAGAUCAAUAGCUCCCCUCAUGCGAAGCAGGUGUUUGAGCUGAUGAGGAAGCAGGAGGAGACGCGGUUGGCAGAGGUGGCUGCCGAGAAGACCCAGUAUCUUGCGAUGCAAGCUGAGGGUGAAAUUGAAAAGCAAAGAAAACUGGCUGAAGAACAGAGGAACUUAGUCCAACAACAAGCACAAGCUAAGGCACAAAUGGCACGCUAUGAAGAUGAAUUGGCAAGGAAAAGGAUGCAGAUAGAACAUGAAGCCCAGAGGAGGCAGAAUGUCGAACUUGUAAGGAUGCAAGAAGAAUCCUCUGUAAGAAAGGAACAAGUAAGGCGUGCUACAGAAGAACAAAUCCAGGCACAAUUGCGUCAGACUGAGAAAGAGAGAGCUGAAAUAGAGCGUGAAACAAUAAGAGUUAAAGCCAUGGCAGAGGCUGAAGGUCGGGCUCAUGAAGCGAAACUCACGGAAGAGCAUAACCGAAAAAUGCUUUUAGAACACAUGAAGGGUGAACGGGAGAAGUGGAUUGCUGCAAUUAAUACAACCUUUAGCCACAUAGAAGGUGGUUUGAGGAUGUUACUGACUGAUCGGGGUACACUAAUUAUGGCUGUCGGAGGAGUAACUGCCCUUGCUGCUGGCAUCUACACUACUAGGGAAGGUGCAAGGGUUAUUUGGGGUUAUGUCAAUAGGAUAUUAGGCCAGCCAUCACUAAUACGUGAAUCGUCAAUAGCCAAAUUUCCAUGGUCUGGACUGGCACCUAAGAUCAAAAAAAUUGUUUCAAGUUCUGGGGCUGCACUUGGAAAAGAGACAUCAUUAGAAAAUGGGUCUAAUUUUGACAAAAUUAUUCUUCAUCCUUCUCUAAAGAAAAGGAUUGAGCAACUUGCUAGAGCAACAGAAAAUACCAAGUCACAUCAAGCACCUUUUCGUAACAUGCUGUUUUAUGGACCUCCUGGUACCGGGAAGACCUUGGUUGCUAGAGAGAUUGCUCGCAAAUCGGGCCUGGAUUAUGCGAUGAUGACUGGGGGGGAUGUUGCGCCACUGGGUUCAGAGGCUGUCACAAAAAUCCAUCAGAUAUUUGAUUGGGCUAAAAAGUCAAGAAAAGGUUUAUUGCUUUUUAUCGAUGAAGCUGAUGCUUUUUUGUGCGAGCGGAACAGUAUACAUAUGAGUGAAGCCCAGCGGAGUGCAUUGAAUGCAUUGCUUUUUCGAACUGGUGACCAAUCAAGGGAUACAGUUCUUGUCCUGGCUACAAAUAGACCUGGUGACCUAGAUGCAGCUGUCACGGACCGAAUGGAUGAAGUAAUUGAGUUUCCACUGCCUGGCGAAGAAGAACGUUACAAGUUGUUGAAGCUCUACCUAGGACAAUAUAUAUUGCAAGAAGGUGAUGGCCAAUUAUGGUGGAAUUCUCUAUUCAAGAAGCAGCAGCAAAAGAUACUUGUGAAGGACAUGACAGAGGAUGUGCUUCGUGAAGGUGCACGAAAGACUGCUGGAUUUUCGGGACGAGAGAUUGCAAAGCUCAUGGCUAGUGUCCAAGCGGCUGUAUAUGGGCGCCCUAAUUGCAUGUUGGACUCGGAGCUCUUUAUGGAAAUAGUGAACUAUAAGGUCACCGAGCAUCAUCAACGCACCAAGCUUGCCACAUAAGCCAUAUAUUGAGAACUACUAUAUGGAGUUAUCCUAGCUACAUAUCUCCCUUGGAGGAUCGAUCACAUUGAUCCCAAUUUUUCGCUAAUAAUUUUCAGGUGAGGCUGUAGUUAUCAACACUGAGUACAUGAAUGUCCUGGAGAAGGGUCGCUCAUUAGAAAAAAUAGGUUUUUUGUUUGCCCUUUUGUUAUUGUAUUUGAAUUUUGAUUAGUUGGGAACUCAAAAUAUGCAUGAGGAGAAGAAAAUGUCCCCAAGAUUGACAUUCUUGGAUGAAUGUGGAGUCUGGAGAUGAGCUUUCGAUUUCCUUCCUGUAGAACAAAAUUAGUGAAAUGAAAUCAUAAGAGCAUACUCCUGCA